AUGAUUUUGGAUAUAAAAGGAGCUCAACGCCUCGACUCCAGGGGGAAUCCAACCGUCCAAGUGGAAGUCAAAACCGCCCAUGGAACUUUCCGCGCUCUCGUCUCCUCCGGCGCCUCCACCGGAGCCCACGAAGCUGUCGAGCUCCGCGACAAUGACCAACGCAGGUACGGAGGAAAGGGGGUCCUCACAGCCGUCAACAACGUCAACGAGAUUAUUGGCCCGGCCCUGAUCAAAGGAGGCUAUGAUCCCCACUACGACUUGAAGCAGAUCGAUGGCUUCAUGCGGGAACUCGACGGGACUCCGAACAAGGCCAAGCUGGGUGCGAACGCCAUUUUGGGGGUGAGCAUGGCUUGUGCUAGGGCUGGGGCUGCUGCUGCGAACAUCCCCCUGUACGAGUUCCUCCGCCGCGAAAGCGGCGAGGAGUCCCCCUACAUUGUCCCGGUUCCAUUCUUCAACGUCUUGAACGGAGGAAAACACUCAGGAAACGGGAUGGCGUUCCAGGAGUUCAUGAUCGCGCCCACGGGUGCCAAGACUAUUGAGGAAGGGGUUCGCAUGGCGAGUGAGACGUAUCAUGUGUUGAAGCAGAUUAUUGCAGAGAAGUUUGGGGCGAUUUACACAGGCAUAGGCGACGAGGGCGGCUUUGCCCCACCUAUCACCCAACCCGAAGAAGCUUUGGACUUACUUACCGAAGCCGUCGCCAAAGCCGGCUACACCGACAAGAUCAAACCCUCAAUUCUAGAAGAAGCCGAAGGCGCAUCAGCCGAGGGCGGAUCAAAUGUGCAAUCGGACGCGGAUGACAUCAAGACCCCCAACCAAAUGAUGGAGCUGUACAACUCCCUCAUGGAAAAGUAUCCGAUCCCGCUGCUUGAAGAUCCCUUCGCCGAGGACGAUUGGGAGUCAUGGACAAAAUUUUGCACAAAUUACAGCGAGGAGCUGGUGGGCGACGACUUAUUGUGCACGAAUGUGGAAAGGCUCAGGAUGGCGGAGAGCAGGCGGGCGUGUAAUGCGAUGCUGUUGAAGGUUAACCAGAUUGGAACGGUAACGGAGGCUAUUGACGCGGCGAAACUGGCCAAGAGCUUGGACUGGGGCGUUUUCGUCUCUCACCGAUCGGGCGAAACAACUGACGAUUUCAUUGCCGACUUGACCGUCGGACUCGGUACCGGUCAUAUCAAGUCUGGAGCACCCUGUCGGGGCGAGCGGGUGGCCAAGUAUAAUCGACUGAUGGACAUUGAGACGGAGUUGAAGGGGAGUUGGAAGCCGUGGUCGUAUGCGGGCGAGCAAUUCCGGAAGCCAGACCCUUUCUUCAUUUGA